UCCGUCCAUCCAUUGCUAUUUACUUCCCACAGGCAAGUAGUGGAGUUCGAUUCAGGGGUUCAGCCAUGGCAGCUCCGAGAGCACUCGUCCUCGGCGUCCUGCUGCUGAUCGCCGUCUCCAACACCGAGGCGGCGUCCGUCGUCGUCGGCAUGGCCAAGUGCGCCGACUGCACCAGGAAGAACAUGAAGGCCGAGGAAGCCUUCAAGGGUCUUCAGGUGGCGAUCAAGUGCAAGAGCGUCCACGGCGACUACGAGAGCAAGGCGGUGGGUGCCCUCGACCGCACCGGUGCCUUCAGCGUGCCCCUGGCCGCCGACCUCCACGGUGCCGACUGCGUCGCUCAGCUCCACAGUGCUGCCUCCAACACGCCGUGCCUCGGCCAGGAGCCAUCCAAGAUCGCGCCGGUGUCCGAGGGCACCACCUUCGGCGUUGUCGCCGGCGCCAAGACCAACGUGUUGGCAUCGCCAGAGUGUGCGUCAGCGACCCUGCUCGGGCCGAUCAAGAAGCACAUCAUCGAGCACUUCCACCACAAGAAGCCCGUGCCACCGAAGCCGGAGACCAAGCCCCAGCCCCACCCAGACUACGGCCCGGUACCCAAGCCUGAGCCGAAGCCGCAGCCCCACCCGGACUACCACCCCAUCCCUCCCACGCCCACCUACGGCGGCGGCGGCGGUGGCGGUGGCGGUGGAUACCACGGACACCACUAACUCCGAUCUGCCACCGUCCGGCCCAACACUGAAAUUUCAUCACCGGGUUCAGUGAGUGAUCGAGGUCGUUGCUUUGGUCUUCUGCCAUUCGCUGCCCCGUUUUAGUAUCUGCACUGCAGAGUUGAGAGUUCAGAAUAAACUUUGUGAGGAACACAUGCAUGGAUUAGUGUGCUUCGAUUGCUUUUUUAUGAUUGUAAUUUCGGUGUGUGCUUUGUAUAAGAAGUUAUUGUGGAUCAAGUAAUUUAAUCAAGUCCAUUUGUGUCAGUGAAAUUACUGCA